AUGCAGGAGCCCAUCAUAUUCAAUGACAUCCCGACCAAGGCUGAAGGAAACCGUGGAAAACGAGACGAGCUUACCUCCAUAGAGUCACUCGUCCCGCGGACCGCCGUCAACUCCCUCCGACAGCCCCUUCCGGACCAGGCUGAGCCGCAGACGAUUGAAGCAUUUCUUCAGCAGAUCAGCCCUUCCAUGGGUCGCCAUGCGCAGGUCUUCCGAGACCUUGGUAUCGAUGUCCCGCGUGUUCCCGUGCUUGCACAGCUGGACGGGGAGUCGUAUCUGGAAUUCGAGGAUGCUCUAGUAACAGGGGCCUGA